AUGGCACGACCCUCUGGGUGCAGCUUCCUGGUGAUCGGUGCACUGGGCGUCUUUGCACUUGACUGCUUCGUGACAGCUCGGAAGAACAGCACACUAAUUUUCAUGAAGGAAAACACCAUUCGGAAGUGCAGCUGCUCUGCAGACAUCCGUGACUGUGACUACAGUUUGGCCAACCUGAUGUGCAGCUGUAAAACCGUCCUGCCUUUUGCAGUCGAGCAAACCAGCUACAAUGACCAUUUGACCAUCUGGUUCACAGACACAUCUGCCCUGGGACCCCUGUUGAACUUCACGCUGGUCCGGGACCUGAAGCUUUCUCUGUGCAGUGCCAACAUUCUCCCCACUGAGUACCUGGCUAUUUGUGGUCUGAAGAGGCUUCGCAUCAGCACCGAGGCCAAGCAUCCCUCCCCAGAGCAGAGUUUACUCAUCCAUGAUGGUGGGGAGAGAGAAUCCAGAGAGAAGCCCAUGUUGUUACACCAAGGCUGGCAAACCUGUAUGUAUAUCUCCUUCUUAGAUAUGGCACUUUUCAACAGGGAGUCAUCCUUAAAAUCAUACAGUAUUGCAGACUCUGCUAGCGUGGGCAGCAACUUCCCCUACUUUUCCUACUUUAAAACCUUCCCAAUUCUAAGCAACAGAAGCUAUGUUGUCACAUUCAUUUACUAA